AGUUUUGUAUUUUCUCGCCCUUGUCUUCGCCAUGGUUGUUAAGGCGUCGCCACAGCGUCGCUAUGGCGUCGUUAUAGCGAUAAGGCGUUGGCAGGAGUCAGGGCGUCUAUCCCGCCUUAUAGGAUUGAGUAUGGCGUCCGCCUUUUGCCCUAGGCAUCGCUAUGGCGUCCAUAUUGCGUCCUGAGUCGCUACAGCGACUGAAGGCGACGCCAUAGGGAGGUGAGGCCACGAUUUUAGGCCAAUCUGGCCAAAAGGGUGCGAAAAUAUUGGGGAGAUGGGCCUUGGGCGUGCAAUAGGACAACAAAACACCAAUUUUGGGGGUGAAAAGGGGCCCUACGUGCCAAACCCCACCAGAUUAGGGAGAAAGUAACAGAAAAGAGAAUCGAUCCAUCCCUGGCGACGUAUCUAUCCCUAGCGACGAUCCCAUCUGCUGUCUGCGACGAUCCUGUUCUGCUCCUUCCUCUGCUAUGCUCCUCUGCAAUUGCACCAUCAUCCUAGGCCUCCAUGGGCACAAAAUUGAAUGGUAUACUAUAGUUUCUUCUCUCCCUUUCCACCCUGUGGUUCUGUUCUGCUCCUUCCUUUGCUUGACAUUGAUUUUGUUCUGCUCCUUCGUCCUGCUCUGAUCCUUCUUUUGCUGCUCUGUUUUGGUCUUUCUUUCCCCUCUUCUACAUCCCAUUUGCUAUGCUCCUUCAUCUGCUACUAUGUUGUGGGUUCAAGAGUGGUCAAGAACAAGAAAUAUAUAUAGAAACGACGCUAAAGCUUGACAGUUUUGUCGGUGAUGUAGAAGAUGCCAUAUCAUCUUCUGUGACCGGAAAACUUAAAUCUCGUACAGAAAAUUCACUGAAAACAUAUCAUGUUCCUAUUGGAUAUCUCAAGACAAUAGAAGAUAUUUUAACUUCAGUCACAAGGACCAGACCACAAUGGACUCGCCUUAUUUCUGCAGUGGAUCACAGAGUGGACCGAUCUUUGGCUGUACUAAGACCACAAGCAAUUGUUGAUCAUCGAGCUCUUCUGGCAUCCCUUGGCUGGCCUCCAUCCCUUUCUGGAACAAAUUUUUCUAGUAUUAAUUCUGGGAAACCAUCAGAGAUUGUGAACCCAUUAUUUUCAAUGAAGGGUGACCUGAAAAGCAAGUAUUCUGAGAGCUUUCUUUCGCUAUGCAGUUUGCAGGAAUUGCAGAAAAGUAGAAAAGCUCGACAGCUACAAGGGCAUAUUGUAAACAGUCAACUACGUCAACCAUUAUGGGUAAUUGAAGAGUUGGUAAAUCCAAUAGCUGCUUCUGCACAACACCAUUUCUCCAAAUGGGUUGAAAAGCCUGAAUUUGUUUUUGCUCUUGCUUAUAAGAUAAUUAGAGACUUUGUAGAUUCCAUGGACGAGAUAUUACAGCCCCUUGUGGACAAAGCUGACCUCGUAGGGUAUAGUUGCAGAGAAGAGUGGAUUUCAGGGAUGGUUAUCGCAUUGUCAACAUACUUAGCGAAAGAGAUCUUUCCUAAGCAUAUUGGACUUCUUCAGGAAAUUAGCUCGAGUGAUGCUAGCAGCAAACCAUCUGAAGCUAGAGUCUCAUGGCUUAAUCUUAUUGACUUGAUGAUAUCUUUCGACAAGCAAACUCAAGUUUUGAUUUCAAGUUCAGGAUUGCUACUUUCGGUCAAGGAUGAUGAUAAUUGGCAGAGGAUCUCGGUUCUCUCUGUCUUCUGUGAUCGGCCAGACUGGCUUGAAAUAUGGGCAGAGAUUGAGAGACAGGAUACUCAUGAUAAACUGAGAUUAUCAAUGGAGAAUGAGAAAAACUGGAAUACAAGGAUUCAAGGAACAGUACUUGAAUAUGGUUCAGAUGAUUAUAAGUCUCCGGCAGUUACCAGUGCCAUCCAAAAGGGCCUGUCCUUGCUAAUAGAUCGUGCUCGGCCCAUUCCAAAUACAGCACUUAGGGCAGAAUUCAUUAAGAUUUCUACUUCACCCAUAAUAUCAGAGUUCCUUGGCUGGAUGCUUCAAAGGUGCCAAGAAGCAGAGGGACUAACUGCUCUGGCAGAUGAUAAUGCUCUUCUCAAGGUAUCGCAGUCCAUUAAUGCGGCUCGAUACCUUGAGUCCACAUUGAUAGAAUGGUGUGAUGAUGUAUUCUUUCUUGAGAUGGAAAAUGUAGGCCGUGGUGAAUGUAUCUUCCAGGUGGAGAUAAAUCAACUGAAAGAUUUCAGAGUGCAAUGGACUGAUAAGAUGUCUACUGUCAUUUUAAGGGAUUUUGAUGCCCGAUCAAGGGAUUAUCUGAAAAAUAAAAGGCAGUGGCAGGAGAAAUCAGAAGGCUUAGCUUUAUCCAGGGCCUUCGUAGAAUGUUUAGACUAUAUGCAAGGGCGGAUUGCUAAACUGGAAGAUGGUCUAAAUAUCCUGGAUUUUGUGACGGUGUGGAGAACUGUGGCAAGUGGAGUAGACCAGCUGCUUUUUAAUGGAAUUUUCACUGGCGGCACAAAGUUUAGUAAUGGCGGGGUGGAAAGACUUCAUGGUGAUCUGAGUAUAUUGUUUGCUACCUUUUCAGCAUGGUGUCUGAGGCCUGAAGGCUUCUUUCCAAGACUGUCCGAGGGAUUGAAGUUAUUGAAUGUUGAUGAGAAGCAGUUAAGAGAUGGGAUGUUUACAGAUGCCAAUAGACUGAGAGAGUAUGGUAUCAGGCGCUUGACGGUUGCUGAGGUUGAGAGGAUAAUAAAAGGCAGAAUUUAUGGGUCUUAAUAUAUAAUAUAAGAAAGAAACAAAACAGAAGAUUGAAUUUCGAGUGAGUUGUUGAAAAUCGCGGUUCCUUCACAGGGUUUUAUUUCAUACUGGUUUUAUCAUUCUGCU